ACAUCCAAAGUGAAUCUGAAUAACAUGCUGUGUCCAGCAGUAUCAGAUCCAUUUCAUGGUCCAUUCUAUCGGGUAUUUGCCAUUUGCCACCAGCUGAUUCUCGUACUCACUCUUGGCAAAGUGUUUGUGAUCAUUGCGAGAGCUUUAAAGUUGCUGCCUUCCAAUAAUCAACCACACAUGAACUUAUGUGAACCUGAGAAUUCAUCGGCUUUGACCACAAAUUGCAGGUCAGUUGUUAACAGUGAGAGUUCUCAACCUCAAAGUACUGGAGAUUUUGUGGUAGAUAGGUAUGACAACUGUCCUGGUGCUGGCAUGCUGAACUGUGCCUACAAAAAUACCAAGUCUUGUUGCCACAGUGGUGGAGAUUGUGUUUCAUCCCAUACAAAUGACCAUUCAGAUGGAAACCACAGUACCGGCUAUCUAGAGGUUAACUGUGGCUGCUGUAAUACAGUGAAUUACUCCAGUCAACAUAUUGUUAAUGGACAUCUAAUGGACAUACAGACUCAUGAGCAUUGUCGAAAACGAGUGCGGGACCUUUCCACCAAUGAACAGCAGUGGCAUUCAGAAACAUCUUUGCUUACUAGUCAGUGCUGUAAACAUAAUAGCUUUCUGAUAUCACACGAAUCACGUUCUGACCAGGAAAGUGGAUCGCACACAAAUGUAUCUGAUAAAGAAAAGUCUCCAAAUGGUCAUGCCAAAUCUCACCACUGA